AUGCCCCAGUCCGACGCCUGCAGUCUUCCCGGCCACCGGCGAUCCUCGCGCCCCUCCACCGAUCGCAGAUCGCGCAAGCCGUGGCAGAAGCGCGGUCCUCUGGCCUCGUGGAAAAUGCGUCCUCCCGGCUCCAGCGACGACCGCCUGAGUCGCCACACCACUCGCGCCUCGGCCCACAGGCGUGACAGGUGGUGGCAGAUCCGGUGGGGCAGAGGCCUGGUCCAUGACAUCCGCCGCCGAGCCCCGUACUACCUUUCCGACUGGACCGACGCGUGGGACUAUAGGGUCGUCCCUGCGACCAUCUACAUGUAUUUCGCAAAUAUUCUCCCCGCCCUGGCCUUUUCGCUAGACAUGUUUGCAAAGACGGACUCGAGCUUCGGCGUCAAUGAAGUCUUGCUGGCUUCUGUGCUUGCCUCCUUCGUCUUCUCCAUUUUCUCCGCCCAGCCUUUGGUCAUCGUCGGCGUCACUGGCCCCAUCACUGUUUUCAACUAUACCGUGUACGACAUCAUCGUCCCACAUGGCAUCAAUUACUUUUCCUUCAUGUGCUGGAUCGGCUUAUGGUCACUUGUCAUGCACUGGAUUCUUGCCAUCACGAACGCCUGUAACUGGUUGAAAUAUGUCACUCGCUUCUCCUGCGACAUCUUCGGCUUCUACGUUGCUUUUAUCUACUUGCAAAAAGGAAUCCAAGUCCUGACGCGCCAAUGGGAGGCCGGCGACACAUCAGCCUACCUUUCGAUCAUGAUCGCUCUUCUAGUCCUCAUGGUGGCCUACAUUGGAGGUGUUGUUGGCAACAGCACCCUUUUCCAUAGAUAUGUACGAAAGUUCAUCGAGGACUACGCCACCCCUCUCACCGUCAUCUUCUUCACCGGCUUCACCCACAUCGGGAAGAUGGAAGGCAUAGAGCUUCUCAAGCUUCCCACAAGCAAAGCCUUCUACCCCACCACCGAUCGGGGAUGGUUCAUCCAUUUCUGGGACAUCAAAGUCGGAGAAGUCUUCCUCGCCAUCCCCUUCGCCAUCCUCCUAACCAUUCUUUUCUACUUCGACCACAACGUAUCCUCCCUCAUCGCCCAAGGCACCGAGUUCCCCCUCCGCAAACCCGCCGGUUUCCACUGGGACAUCUUCCUCCUGGGCCUCACCACGGGCGUGUCCGGCCUCCUCGGGAUCCCCUUCCCGAACGGGCUCAUCCCCCAAGCCCCGUUCCAUACCAACGCGCUCUGCGUGACGCGCACCGUCUCGGACGCCGACGACGACGAGGCGAACAAGGGCCACCGCACGCGCCGCGUCGUCGACCACGUCGUCGAGCAGCGCGUCUCGAACCUCGCGCAGGGCCUCCUCACGCUCGGCACCAUGACGGGGCCCCUCCUCAUCGUGCUGCACCUGAUCCCGCAGGCGGUCCUGGCCGGCCUCUUCUUCGUCAUGGGCGUGCAGGCGCUCGAGGGCAACGGCAUCACGGCCAAGAUGGUGUUCCUCGCCCGCGACCGCGCGCUGACGACGGACGGCGUGCCGCUGCGCCGCGUGCGCCGCCGCGCCGCCGUGUGGGCCUUCGUCGCGCUCGAGCUCGUCGGCUUCGGCGCCACCUUCGCCAUCACCCAGACCAUCGCGGCCGUCGGGUUCCCCGUCUUUAUCUUGCUGCUGAUCCCCGUGCGGACGUGGGUGCUGCCGAGGUGGUUCACUGCGGCCGAGUUGGCCGCGUUGGACGCGCCGACGGCGAGCCCGUUUACGAUGGAGAGUGUCGGGGGGAUUCACAUGGAGGAUUCGGAUAGUGCUAGUGCGGCUGAGGAGCGGGAAGUGGGAGAGGAAGCGGAAGCGGGAGUCGGGGCGGGGAGUGCGAGUCAGAUUGAGGAGAGCGAUGAGGCGGAGAGGGGGGAGGCGGCGGGGUAUUUGAAGACAAGGGAGCAGCAGAAGCAGAAGCAGCAGCAGUAUCAGCAGCAGCAAGGGGGGAGCGGGAGUGUGAGGAGGGCGAGUUUCAGGCACGAUGAAGAUGGGAAGGAGGGGAUUGAGCUAGCGGAUGUGAAUAGGGUCCGGUGA